UCCACCGUCUUUCUCAAAUCGAGAUUUUCCUUCCGCCGGUUGCGGAUCUACUUUCCGAUACAUCGGAUCUUCAAUCUUCUUUAUCAUGGCUGAUAAAGAUCUUUGGUUGGCUUUACAAAAUCUCAAUCUGGGGUCAGAUCGGAGGCCGAUUAAACUGUCUCUUGAAGCUAUAAGAAAGAAGGAAGCGGAUCAUCAGCUUAGCUUGGUGGUCAAAGGUUUACACCCAUCUCAGAAUCCAGCUGGAAUCAAACUCAUGAUGCCAAGAAUCUGGAAAUUGGAGGGUAGAGUUAGCAGCAGGAUUAAUGAAGAUGGUACUGUUCAGUUCUUCUUCAAAUACGAGCACCAGAUGCUCAAUGUUCUUGAUCACGGACCUUGGACUUACAAGGAUUGGUUAGUUGUUGUCGAUAAAUGGAUUAAUAGAAGGUCUCCUGAUUUUCUACGUAUGAUACCUUUCUGGAUUAGGGUUCUUAACAUCCCUGAUGAUUCCAAGGAGAAACGUUCAAUUGAAGAAAUAGGUGGAGUCCUGGGUCAUGUUGAAGAGGUUCAUAUCCAACAACCCACAGCGGAUACGGCUGGUGAAGUAUGGAUUCGUGUUAAAAUCGACAUAUCUGAUAGAUUAAUCUUUGCUCGAUAUUUUCAACUUGAUGUUGCGGGGGAACCGACUCUAAUUCGUUAUGUUUAUGAUAAGCUUCGCAAAUUCUGCACUAAAUGUGGGAGUCUUAUUCAUAUGGAAACCAAUUGUAACUUUCAUGAACAUGAAGCAGAGCGUCUACAACUGCCAGCCCCUGCUCAAGUAUCAAGUCAAGUUAGACCUGCUGAGAAUCCUGAGCAAAGACCUCAUACUCCUACUGAAGAGGCGGAUGACACAAUGGAAGAGACUGUUGGCUCUAAUAUUAAUAUGGAUACUUCAGAGGUUCAACUGCACGACAACACUCCGGGUGAAUUCAUGGAUUCUCUCAACCUCGUUGAAGCCAAUGAUGUGAUAAAUGCCACUUUUGCUGUUAAGGAAAUUGGCUCUGCAUCUGUACCAGCGCAAGAUCGAGGAACUAAGCGGAAGGCUGAAGACACAAAUGUUGAAGAUGAAGUGUCCACAUCUAGACAGAGAACACAUGGUGCUUACUUAAACCAGGCUACAGGGGAGGUGGAUAUCAAUCGCAGACAUAAGCUUGAUAUCAUGUUCCUCGUAGAGACCAAGAAUAAGGAUAGCUUUGUUCGUAAUCUAUGUAAGGAUCUUCAGUUUGAUCAUCACUUUUUGGUAUCUCCAGAUGGUCUAAGCGGCGGUCUAGCUAUUUUUUGGCGCAAUACAGUAAAGUGUGACUUCAUUUCUACUCCUACACUUUACUGUACUGAUAUGUACAUUACUGAAGGGUCAACUACUUUUUGCCUCACUUACAUCUAUGGUAACCCAGAAAGAAAGCCAAGACAGCAACAAUGGAUGCAAAUGGAAGCCUUAAUCAAAGCAGGUCUUUACCAGAACAAGCCAAGAGUGGUUCUAGGUGAUUUUAAUGAGAUCAAAUCUAAUUCAGAAAAACUUGGAGGAGCUCAAAGGCCAGAGUGGCAGUUCGCAAAUUUUAGAAGAAUGUUGAGAGUGGCUGGACUUCAUGAUCUAAAGACAUAUGGUGGAAUCUAUACUUGGAUAGGGAAUCGAAGUUCAGGAACUAUUAAGUCAAGGCUGGAUAGAGUAGUAGCCAAUGCGGAUUGGAAAGAUAAAUUUCCAAGAGCAUUUGCUCAAUUAUUGGAGUGGAUUGGUUCUGAUCAUAGACCUUUAUUACUCCAUACUGAGAAUAGCAAAUGGAGAGGAAAGAAACUGUUUCGUUAUGACAAUCGCUGGAGACUAUUCCCUGAGGCACAUUCAGCCCUCCAGGAUACGUGGAACCAAAAAUGUAGUAUGCUGCCUCCCACUCAAUUCAAUGAAGCAUUGAAAAGAUGUCGCCAUAGCCUAGCAUGCUGGAAGUCCACAAACAACCUCAAUUCCCAAAAGAAGAUCCAGCAGCUUCACAGAGAACUACAAUCAGCCAAUCAAAUGGAUUCUGUGAUUCAGCUAAUCCAGCCAAAGGUGACUCAAGAAAUGAACUGCCAGCUGACAAAACCAGUGACUGAGAAAGAAGUCUACCAAGCUUUGUCCCAUAUGAGUAUUGAUAAGACACCGGGCCCUGAUGGUUUGAAUGCAGGGUUUUAUAAGUUUCAUUGGAACACAAUCAAAACAGCUAUGCAACAAGAUCAACCACCACCAGGAAACUUGGAGAUUCAAAACUAUCUAGAGGAUAUUCUGCUGAUAAACAAAGGCAUGUACCAUUUUAAACAUAUCCCUCGUGAGAUAAAUGCUAUGGCUGACAAGUUAGCUAGAGAAGCUAGGGUUAUGAAAUCUCCUUUUGUUGUAUCCUGGGUUACCUAAACAACUGUGUUGAUGUACUCUAUUACUCUAUCUAAUGAAUGGAUAAGUUGGCC